CUGUCCUUCCACCGCCCCCGUGCCUCCCCCCCCGGGCAUCCAUCCCCGCAGCCGGCUCCUCCCGGCCGUCCCGCCCGGGCAGCCCCUCCGGUCCCGGUGCGGGGGAGAGAUGGCUGCCGGGGCCCGGCGGCCGCCGAGACACCUGCUGCCACCGGGCCCCCCCCCGUGCACACCCGCUCCGCUCCCGCUCCCUCCUUCCUCCGCUCCCGUCCCUGCCUCCAGCCGCCGCUGCAGAGCCGCCGCCGCCGCCUUCUCCAAGGACGAGCCGGGACCGACGGCGGUCGCUGGACCCCCCCGCCAGCCGCGGCUGAUCCUGCCCCCGGGGGCUGCCCCGGAGGAGGGGAGGGCUGGGAAGAGCCGAGCCCCCGGUGGGACGCGCAGCCCCGCCGGAGCCGCGGGGCAUGUAGGCACCGAGCAGCGGCGGUCCCCAGGGACGCGGCGGUGGACAUGGGCAGAGCGCCGGCGCACGCUCUGCUACUGUCAAUGGUGCUGGGCUGCUCGGCUUCCUUCACGGACCUCCUGCUGCCAGGCCCCGAGGAGCCGGUGGUCAACGUGGCCGUGGUGUUUGGGGGCACAUCCUACCCCCUGCACAUCCGCUCCCGCCUGAGCCCCCAGAGCUUCCUGGACAUGCCCCUGGAGAUCCACCCCAUCACAGUCAUCGUCAACAACACCAACCCCAGCACCCUCCUCACCCAGAUCUGCGACAUCCUCGCCAGCCACAAGAUCCACGGCAUUGUUUUUGAGGACAACGUUGGCACGGAGGCCGUGGCCCAGAUCCUUGAUUUCAUCUCCUCCCAGACCCAGGUCCCCGUCAUCAGCAUCAGCGGGGGGUCUGCGGUGGUCCUGACCCCGAAGGAGCCCGGCUCGGCUUUCCUGCAGUUGGGUGUCUCCAUUGAGCAGCAAAUCCAGGUGAUCUUCAAGGUGCUGGAGGAAUAUGACUGGGGCUCCUUCGCCGUCAUCACCAGCCUCUACCCAGGCUACAACAUCUUCCUGGACGUCAUCCGCUCCUUCACAGACGCCAGCUACUUUGGCUGGGAGCUGCAGGAGGUGCUCACCUUUGAGAUGAGCCAGGAGCGGAGCAGCUCCAGGACGCAGAGGCUCCUGCGGCAGAUCGAUGCCCAGGUCCUCAUCGUCUACUGCUCGCGAGAGGAGGCCGAGUACCUCUUUGCCAUGGCGGAGCAAGCUGGCCUUGUGGGGCCAGGCUACGUCUGGAUUGUGCCCAGCCUGACGGUGGGCAACAUGGAGGUGCCACCCACCUCCUUCCCCGUCGGCCUCAUCAGCGUGGUGACAGAGAGCUGGAAGCUGAGCCUGCGGCAGAAGGUGCGGGAUGGGGUGGCCAUCAUUGCCAUGGGGGCGGCCAGCUUCUUCCGGGCCCAUGGCUACCUCCCAGAGGUGGGACGGGACUGCCGGGCCCCUGCUGGGGCCACCGCUGCCAACACCAGCUUCUACCGGCACCUCCUCAAUGUGACGUGGGAGCACAGGGACUUCUCCUUCAAUGAAGGCGGCUACCUGAUCAGGCCCACCAUGGUGGUGAUCUCGCUCAACCAGCACCGUCUCUGGGAGAUGGUGGGCAAGUGGGAGAAAGGCAUCAUCCACAUGAAGUACCCGGUGUGGCCCCGCUAUGGCUCCUUCCUGCAGCCCGUGGCCGACAACCGCCACCUGACAGUGGCCACGCUGGAGGAGAGACCCUUUGUCAUUGUGGAGAACACGGACCCCAGCACCGGGGUCUGCGUGCGCAACACUGUGCCCUGCCGCAAGCAGACCAACUCCUCCCAGAGUGGCGAUGGCCUUGUGGAUCCCUACACCAAGCUGUGCUGCAAGGGCUUCUGCAUCGACAUCCUGAAGAAGCUGGCCAAGACAGUGAAGUUCUCCUAUGACCUCUACCUGGUGACCAAUGGCAAACACGGCAAGAUCGUCCGUGGGGUCUGGAACGGCAUGAUUGGUGAGGUGUACUACAAGCGCGCAGACAUGGCCAUUGGCUCCCUCACCAUCAAUGAGGAGCGCUCCGAGAUCGUGGACUUCUCCGUGCCCUUCGUGGAGACAGGCAUCAGCGUCAUGGUGGCCAGGAGCAACGGCACCGUCUCCCCCUCUGCCUUCCUGGAACCCUACAGCCCAGCCGUGUGGGUCAUGAUGUUCGUGAUGUGCCUCACCGUGGUGGCCGUCACCGUCUUCGUGUUCGAGUAUUUCAGCCCCGUUGGCUACAACCAGAACCUCACCAGCGGCAAAAGGCCAGGAGGUCCCUCCUUCACCAUCGGCAAGUCGGUGUGGCUGCUGUGGGCUCUGGUCUUCAACAACUCGGUGCCCAUCGAGAACCCCAAGGGCACCACCAGCAAGAUCAUGGUGCUCAUCUGGGCCUUCUUCGCCGUCAUCUUCCUCGCCAGCUACACUGCCAACCUGGCUGCCUUCAUGAUCCAGGAGCAAUACAUCGACACCGUGUCGGGGCUGAGCGACAGGAAGUUUCAGAAGCCGCAGGAGCAGUACCCCCCGUUCCGCUUCGGCACUGUCCCCAACGGCAGCACUGAGAGGAACAUCCGCAGCAACUACCCCGACAUGCACACCCACAUGGUGAAGUACAACCAGCGCUCUGUGGAGGAUGCCCUCACCAGCCUCAAAAUGGGGAAGCUGGACGCCUUCAUCUACGACGCGGCGGUGCUCAACUACAUGGCGGGCAAGGACGAGGGCUGCAAGCUGGUGACCAUCGGCAGCGGGAAGGUGUUUGCCACCACGGGCUACGGCAUCGCCCUGCAGAAGGACUCGCGCUGGAAGCGGGCCAUCGACCUGGCUCUGCUCCAGUUCCUGGGAGAUGGUGAGACCCAGAAGCUGGAGACAGUUUGGCUGUCGGGGAUCUGCCAGAACGAGAAGAACGAGGUGAUGAGUAGCAAGCUGGACAUCGACAACAUGGCUGGGGUUUUCUACAUGCUGCUGGUGGCCAUGGGGCUGAGCCUGCUGGUCUUCGCCUGGGAGCACCUCGUCUACUGGAAGCUGCGUCACUCCAUUCCCAAGUCGCACAAGCUUGACUUCCUCCUAGCCAUCAGCAGGGGCAUCUACAGUUGCUUCAGCGGGGUGCAGACCCUGGCGAGCCCUGGGCGGGCGCCCACACCCGACGUCACCGCCAGCUCGGCCCAGGCCAACGUGCUGAAGAUGCUGCAGGCGGCCAAGGAGAUGGUGUCGACGGCCAGCGUGGGCGGCUCGCUGGAGCAAGCCACCCGCACCAUCGAGGACUGGAGCAGCCACAGCGAGCGCCUCCAGACCACUUUCUCCCUGAGGACACCCCAACUCGUGGUGCAGAACAGCACCGGCACCCACCGGGCCCCUUCCUCUGGCCCAGCCCCCCCCGAGAGGCUGGGGAGAGCCUACGCUCCCAAGGGUGCUCCCCUGGGGCUGCCGCUGCCCCAGCCCACCCCUGUGGACUCCCGGCUGCCCGGGGAGGAGAAGUGGAGAGGGGCAGACGAGCACGUCCCACGCCUCCUCCACCCCCUGAAGUUUCGGGGUGGCUGUGCGGGGGACGAAGCCCUCCCAGGGUUGCCUCACCUCCUGGGGAAGACCUCCCCAAGGGCGGAUUUUGGGGAGCAGGUGCUGGUGGGGAACCACAUUGGGGCUCCCCUCCCACCUUCCACGUCCCCCAGGGACCUCCCACCGCCGGACAUCUACAGGGAGCACAAGCGGCCGGCGGGCCAGGGGGACCGGCUGCAAAACACACCCCUGGUCCAGGGGGAUGGGGGACACGGGGGCUCGGGGACACUGCCCCGGCUGCUCACGGCGGCGGAGAAGAGGCAGGAGGUGGGCACCCCCUUCCUACCUCCAUCCUGCCCUCGCGGAGCCUUCCCGAAAGCUGCCAGGACUUGCAGAGCUGGGGGUGAACCGGCCCGGCUGGAGGCCAUGGUGAUGGAGCGGGAGAAGCCGAGCUGGUGGACAAGCUCGGCCAGGGCCCCCGGGGAGCGGGGUGAGAAGCGGCGUCCCGGGGGGCUGCGGCGCUGUGGUGCUGUCCGCCCACCCACCCGUGCCGAUGUGCCCGACCUGUUCCCUGAAGCUGAGGCUGGCUAUGUCUGCGGCCCCCGCUGUCCACCUGUGGCCAGGCUGCCGUCCUACCGGGAGGCUUGCCGGCAAAACCCCCGUGCCACCGCCACCGUGCCGGUGUGCACGCCAUACGCCUGCAUGAACUCCUACGCCAACCUGCCCCUCUACCUGGGGCACCUCUCGCGGGGGUCCCCGCCUCCCCGUGAGCACCCUGGGGUGCCAGCGGGCUGCGGCCGGGGGGCCGGGCACUGGGACGGCGGCUGCAGAAACUGCGGGAGGCGUGGGGAGCCGGCCUUGCUGCGGGUGGCGGGAACAGAGAGGAGGGACCUGCCGGUGGCCCGCGGGGUGACGAGUCCCUGUGCCGGCGGGUCCUGGCGGAGGGUCUCCAGCCUGGAGUCGGAGGUGUGACGGGGGGGCUGGUGGGGUCUCUGCACCAGCCAGCGGCUCCCAGCCGGGCUCCAGCCUCCCGGGGUCCUGCACCACCGGCAGUGGGAUGAUCCAAGCGGCUCGGCGGGUCCCGUGCGCUUUUGGGGGGUGAGAGGAGCCUGGCGGGGGCCGGGGCUCGCUGGCUUGGGCUCUCCCCGCAGGCAGGGCUGGCCGGGGACUCGAGGGAGCCAAACUCAUUGCCACAGUGUUGCUGUCAAGUUUUGGUUUCAUUCAAGGAACUCGAAACACCAUGUCCAGGUCAUUAAAGAGACAUUUUC